AUGGCAGAGCGCAUUGCCAAGUGCCUGGAAACUGGGGAAACUGUUGCAAUCAAGAAGCUCUUGCAGGAUAAGAGAUAUAAGAACCGUGAAUUGCAAACAAUGCGCCUUCUUGAUCACCCCAAUGUAGCCCCACUCAAGCACUGCUUCUUUUCAACUACAGACAAAGAUGAACUCUAUCUCAAUUUGGUUCUAGAAUAUGUUCCUGAGACUGUUUAUCGGGUAUCAAUACACUACAGCAAGGCAAAUCAGUGA